AUGGCAGGCACCACCGAUUCGACGACAGCGACCAGCGCCCCUGACGCAGCGGUUGGCGAUGCGCCAGAGAAGACGCGCAAGGCUGGUGAGCGCAAGGAUGGUGAGGGGCGGUACUCUCGCUCGCGCUCGCGCGAGCGCACCAGCUACCGCGACCGCGACCGAUCGCGUGACCGCGACAGGCGUGACCGCCGCGACAGCGACCGAGACCGUCGCUCCUCACGCUCAGACCGGGACCGGCGCGACCGGCGCUCUGACACGCGCGACCGGCGGUACGAGGAUGAGCGGCGGUCCUCGCGCUACGAGCGCCGCUCGUCGCGCUCUCGCUCUCCGCGCCGCAAGCGGACCAAGGAUAAGACGCCCGCAUUUGAUAAAGGCGCGGUCGCAGCGGCGCUUGCGCGCGCAAACGGAGCAAUCACAGGCUCCUUCGCGUCGACGGUACCGGGGGCGGACCCGUCGCUGGGCUACGGGCUGGGGACGGCCGUCUCCGGGAUGGAGACGCGCCGCGCCGGCGAGUCGGUGCAGCAGUUCUUCCAGCGGCGCAUGGCGGGCAUGCGCAUGCUCAAGGCGAGAUACACCGAGAUACAUCGAGAUACACCGAGAUAG